AUGGACGCAAAUCUAAAGGUUUGGGAUAUCAGAAUGAAGGGACGCAUUCAUACGUACAAGGGCCAUACUAGAGGCGUUAGUAUGAUUAGAUUCUCUCCUGAUGGCCGCUGGGUAGUUUCUGGUGGAUUGGAUAAUGUUGUAAAGGUGUGGGAUCUUACUGCUGGAAAACUCUUGAAUGAGUUUAAGUUUCAUGAAGGCCUUAUUCGCACCAUAGACUUCCAUCCUCUUGAGUUUCUCUUAGCCACAGGUUCAGCGGACAGAACAGUUAAAUUCUGGGAUUUAGAAACCUUUGAACUGAUUGGAUUUGGGUCUACGAGAUCUGAGGCUACUGGGGUUUGCUCAAUUGCCUUUCAUCCUGAUGGGAGAACCUUAUUCUGUGGAGCCGAUGAUGGUUUGAAGGUUUAUUCGUGGGAGCCAGUAGUUUGUCAUGAUUCUGUUGAUAUGGGAUAGUCAACACUUGGCGACCUUUGCAUCAAUGAAAGCAAACUUUUGGGUUGCUCGUAUUAUCGAAAUACUGUUGGAGUUCGGGCAGUAGAUGUAGCGGAUACGGAUGAAAAAUCUCGGGGACAGUCGAUCGGGAUAUGGGGACGUUUCGAGAACAUCCAGUUCUCCUCUUCGCUUACAAAGGAAACUGUGAAGCAAGUCAAAGAUAAAUUUUUCAUUGCUAAUUUGAUGAAAGAAGUAAUUGAUGAGGUUAGUCAUCAAAAUGUGGUGCAGAUUAUUACUGACAAUGCAGCUAAUUGCAAGGGGCAGGAGAGAUUAUUGAGAACAUCUGCUGGCAGUAAUCCUAUUGCCAAACAGAAAGAUGGCUCUUUGAAUUCACCUAAAAAAGUAUCACUCCCAGUGGAUGCCUGUGAAAUAUGUAAUCUGGAAACAGAGAAGCCGUGUCCAGGAACAGAAGUUAAAUGGACAAUCGGGACAAAACCAGGCAUGCUGCUCAAACCGGCUCAUGUUAGAGGACCAUCUGUCAACAAGUUCCAGGUUGAAAAGCUGUCACUUACAGUUGAAUUAGGAACUCUCCGCAGUAUAAAAAGUGGGUUAGACAGUGAAAAGGAUAUGAAUUCUCAAACUAGGCUUGUAUCAGAAGAUGGAGCUAGAAAAUCCUGUGAUGGAAAAGAUUCAAACAUCAAGAGUGAUAUAGAGAAAUCUGAAAAGGGCGAAAUUCAAAUUUCUAGAAUGGAAUCAACUUCAAGUUGUGAGGGAAGCUUUACUGAUAUUCAGAUUUCUAGAGGGGAAGCAACUCCCACUCCUGAUGGGCUCGUUACCGUAGAUCAAAUUUCUAGAGGAGAAUUAACCUUCACCCCUGCUAGGAUCAUUACCGGAAACCAAACUUCUAGACAGGGAUCAACCAUUACCCCUGAGAGGAUCAUUAUUGGAAAUCAAAUUUCUAGAAGGGAACCAAAUUUGGCAUCUAGUGGCGCCAUUAAUGGAAAUCGAAUUUCUAUAUCAAAAUCAACCUCUUCUUGUAAUGUGAUCGUUACUGGAAACCAAACCGGAAGUUCUAGAAAUCAACUUUCGAGAAGGGAAGCAACCUCUGCUAAUGAUAGAAGUGGACCAAAUGUUACAAUUACUGAUAUUCACGUUUCUAGGAGGGGAUUUAGUUAUGCUACUGAUGAGAAUGUUACUAUCGUUGAAAGCCAAAUUACAAAGGGCACAUCAAUCGCUUCUGAUGAUGGAAACAUAACUGAGAGUCUACUGCAAGCUCAUGAUAUAUUCUUAAGCACUCUUAGGUCACGCUUGACAAAAUUACAGGUGGUGCGACAAUUUUGGGAAAAGAAUGACAUUGAAGAUGCAAUUGGUGCCCUGCGGAAACUGCCAGAUUAUUCUGUGCAAGCAGAUGAAAUCGGUGGUCUUAUGGAAAAAAUGGAGAUUCUCACAUUAGAUCUGUUUUCUGGCCUCCUUCCUGUGCUUAUGGGCUUACUAGAUAGUAAAACGGAAAGGCAUGUAAAUAUCUCAUUGGAUAUGCUCCUGAAGCUUGUAGCAGUCUUUGGUCCGAUGAUACACUCAACUGUUUCAGCCCCACGUGGUGUUGGUGUUGAUCUGCAUGCUGAGCAAAGGCGAGAAUGCUGCAAUCAGUGUUUUAUACAGCUGCAAAAGAAUCAGAAACUUCUUCCCCCACUCGUAAGGACAGGUGGCGUGAUAGCAAGAUGUGCUCAAGAAUUUAUUAAUCAUGGGUUUUGGUAA